AUGUCAAUGGCGGAUGAGGUGGUGUUGCUGAACUACUGGGCCAGCCCUUAUGGGAUGAGGGUGAGAAUCGCUCUGGCAGAGAAGGGUAUUCAGUACGAGUCCAGGGAAGAGGACUACUUGACCAACAAGAGCUCACUCUUGCUGCAGAUGAACCCGGUUCACAAGAAGAUCCCGGUUCUCAUUCACAAUGGCAAACCGGUCUCCGAGUCUCUCAUUGCGGUUCAGUACAUCGACCAGGUUUGGAAGGAUAGGGCUCCGCUUUUGCCCUCUGAUCCUUACCUUAGAGCCCAAGCCAUGUUCUGGGCUGACUUCGUUGACAAGAAGGUAUAUGAGAGUGCAAAGAGGACAUGGAGAACCAAAGGAGAAGAACAAGAAGCAGCAAAGAGGGAAUUCCUUGAGUGCAUAAGGUUGUUAGAAGAAGAGCUUGGAGACAAGCCUUACUUUGGGGGUGAGAAUCUCGGAUUCGUGGACGUGGCACUUAUUCCUACCUAUAGCUGGUUUUAUGCGCGCGAGAAAAUUGCAAACUUCAGUGUGGAGGCAAAGCACCCAAAGUUUAUUGCAUGGGCAAAGAGGUGCAUGCAGAAGGAGAGUGUGUCCAAGUCUCUUCCUGACCAGAAAAGGGUCUACGAAUUCGCCCUGCGCCUUCGGAGUAAACUUGGAUUGGAGUAGAUGGGAAAAAGCAUGGGCAUAAAUAAGAUAUCAUCCAUGUACUUGUUCUGUGUUUUUUAAGUUUCAACCUCUGUUUAGGGUUGUUCUGAAAUUAGAAUAAAAGGGCAGUUGGCCAAGUUGCCAAGCCCCCUCUACUUUGUGGAGGCACUUUGUUGUGUCUCUGGUCAUAUGUGUUUUGUAGUCAAAUUAUCAAAUUGUUGUGAACUUGUUAUGACAAAGCUCAACAAGCAGCCAAAAAAAUGCAACU